AUGCUAUGGCACACAUAUUCCAACAGUCUCAACAAUGACUUCGCUCAAAAUCUCUUUAAUAAUUGCCCUGUUCUUGAGGAACUGUUCAUCCAAGGAAAUGUUGAGAGUGAUGAAGAACUUGUAUUUGAUGUCUCCGUACCGGUCCUAAAGAGUUUUAAGUUUCUUUUAGCCGGAGAAGAAUACAAAGUUUUAGUAGAUGCACCGAUUCUUGUUUAUCUUUGUGUUCAAAAUGUUUGGAUGCCUUCCUAUGUGCUAAAGAAUGUUACAUCGUUGAUUAAAGCAGAUGUUCAUCUUGGAGGCUACUGUGUUCCAUUAAUGGAUGCAGAACGACAUGCUGAUAGAGUAGUUGCGCUUUUCAGAGGAAUUUGUAGUGUCAAAUAUCUAUCUCUAGGGCACUCGUAUCAUGGGGUAUAUGCAGCACUUUCAUUUGACUAUUAUGUUAAUAUGUUACCAAGGCUGUCGACUAUGUUGAUGAUAUAA